GAAUUUGAUGAUUACAUUAAAAAAUGUUUUUCAGUUAUUUGCUGGGAAUCGGUUUUAUUGUAAUAAAAAUCAUUAUAAUCGAUGGAGAAGAUUCAGAUAAUGAAAUACUUAAAAUAUGUCAUGAUCUUCAUAAUUUUGGUCAUAAAAAGAAAAACAAAUUGAAUAUAUUGGCAGUUGGAUUAACUCAAGAUCAUAUGCUACUUAUAACUGAAAAUUUCUAUGUAUUUGAAGUUGAUCGUGAUCAUAUGCAAACAUCGAUAAAUAAUUUAUAUUUAAAUGCUAAACCUUUAUCAUUAUCGAAAAAAUAUCCUGAAUUAUCAAAGAAUGAUCAUUUCAAUCGAAUAAGAUAUGAAAUUUCUCAUGCAUUCAUAGAUGUGGACAGUGAUGGUAGCUGGUUAUGUUUUAUAACUUCAUUUAGCGCACGAGAGAAUGGCAUCAAUUACAAUUUGGAAAAAUCAACAAUUUCAGAAGGAUGGAAAUUUAAUUUUGUUCAUAAAGAGGUUUUAAUAUCCACAAAAAAACCAUGUAAUUUCUAUUCAAUAAGGCGUUAUAAUGGCCAAUUUCAGAUUGGUACUUUUGAAUGUUCUGACUCGACCAUAGCACAAAGUAGAUCAAUUAACCAAAGGAAAAGUUAUCGAUCUGUUUGUUUUUCAGAUCACUCGAAUGAUAAAAUUUUUUUCAAUCCUGAAGAAAGUGAUUGCAAAAUUCCAGUUCAUUGGCCAAUACUUAAAGGUUUUGUUGCCAGUGAAAAAUUUUUUUUAUUCGGUAAGGAUUACAUCUAUGUAUUUGAUGAGAAUGUUUAUCAUCAAAGUUCACCAGAAAAAUCAUAUCCUAUAAAGUCACAAAGUUAUGAUUCAUUUUUUACAUGCCCUGGAAAAAAUUCACCACCAUUAUUUAAUUUUUAUACAAUGGUUAUGAUUGGUAUCAUCAUAAUUGGAUUAAUUAUAUUGAUUUUAUUAUUGAGAAUAGGAAAAAAUAAACGUCGAUUCGAUAAUCGAACCAUACGAUCAACGGAUUCAGGAAGAACAUCAUUCUUUCAGAUGGUAACAAAAGUUAUAACCGGCAGUAAUGCUGUAUCAUCAUCAUCAUCAUCAAAUAAUAGUUCACAAAUGAAAAGUCGAAAAAGUCAAAAAACAAAUACAUUAAAAACGAAAACAAGAAUUCCUUCAUCAAGAAAAAAAACAAUUGUCAAUCUAUGAUGUGUACAUAUCUAUGUAGAUGAUGAAAAUAUACACAAAUAUUAUAAUAAAAAUUUUCAUUUUCAAUUUUUUUCCAUUUAAAUAAACGGCCAUGAUAUUAACUCAUA